AGUACAGACUUUAUGUAACUAAUAUACCUCCGGAGUUGAACGAGAAUGGCAUUCGACAAAUUUUUGAUCAUUUUGGUGAAGUUAGUAGCAUUUUUUGUCUUCCAUAUGCAUCAUGGGCUUAUAUUACAUAUACAAAAUUUAGUGCAGCUGAAUAUGCUAUAAGGAAUCUUCACGAUACACCACCAUUAUGUUUAAAAAUAUCAUUUAGUAAAAAAAUGAAAUCUGUUGAUCAAAGCGAGAAGAUACUGUGCAACCAAAAAUCUCAAGCAACUUGUAAAAAUUCAGUUUUAGAUCAUCAACCUCAUGAAACGGCAAAUAUAGAAACUAUGGAAUUACCAAACUAUAGUAAUAUACUUCAUAAAUAUAGUUAUCAAUCUAAAAUACCUAUUGAUAUGCAUCAUACAGCUGAUGGUUUGUUGUAUCCAGUACCUAUGGAUCAUCAUUUAUUUGAUCCAUAUGAAAGUACAAAAUCUUUAGAUUAUAAAAAUACAUUAUGGACAAGGGACAGAGUAACUGUAACGCGUGAUGGAAAACGACAUGUUUCUCUUGGACGUGGUUAUAGCUUGUAUGAGAUAUCUGAACCACAUUCUUCGACCAAGACACUGACUACACAAAUUUCUGAGAAACGUAGUAAUGAUUUCUAUGAACAUGGUCAAGAUAGUUUAAAAGAAAAAUUAGAAAUAUGCGUACGCUGUGACAAAGUAACAGCUGUGAAAUGCGGAAAAUGUUAUUCUUUUUACUGUAGCAAACAAUGUCAAAUAGUAGAUUGGCCAAAUCAUAAAAUUAAAUGUCAACAAAUUUCCAUACUGGCAGAAGAUAUUAAAUCUUUAUCGACAUCAAGUAGUGAAAAUCAAAUUGAAGUAACAAACUUAAAUCCAACUCAGAAACAAUUACGUCGCCCAAAAGUACAAUCUUUAAUUAAUUCAAAUCUAGAGAGCAUAAAUAACCAGUGUAUGAAAGAUAAAAAACCGGAAAGUUUAAUGAAACUAAACGAAAAUAAUUCUCAAAUUAAUGUCAUGCACAAGAAUGAUAAAAUAAAAGAUAAAGAAUACAAAUUGGAUGUAACUGAAAAAGAAGUCCAAAAUAAUUUUAAAAUAAAAACUCGAGAACAAAAAAUAUUUUAUAAAAACACAUUUUUAUCAACCGCAAAAAUUACGGAAGUUAUAAUUUUAGAGUUUACACAAGGAAAAGAUUUUUGGGUACGUAAACUAGAUCAAGAUAAAAUAUAUCAUAAUAUGAUAAUGGAAUUGCAAAUUAUAAUUCAGAAAAUGCCUAAAAUUAACCCAAUUAUUGGUAAUAUAUAUGGUUACAAAUUUAAUAAUAUAUGGCACAGGGCAAAGAUAAUGUCUUUGAAUCCAACAAACAUAUUUUUUAUUGAUCUUGGUAUUACUGAGACAGUUAAAGUAAAUGAAUUUCGUGAGAUAAGCGAUUUUAAGACUAUGUUGCCAUUUGCAGGAAAAAUAUGUUUACAUAAAAAUGCAUCAAUGAAGUAUGAAAAUUUAAAAAAACAUCAAAUUAUAGCUGUAAAAGCUAUUAAUCAGAAUGAGAAUGUGACUUUUGUAGACGUUAUAAGUGAAAUUAAUAACACAAGCCCAAACAAAUCUUCAAAGCUCAAAACGCAAUUAACAGUUAAAAGUUCUACAAACUCUACUUAUAAUAAUGAAAAUAUUUGCAAAACUACCUCCAAUUUUUCUUUGAAUACUAAUGAAAAAACAAAUAAAAGUGAGGAUAAGAAAAAUAAUUAUUCUCCAAAUGGCAAGAACAUAUAUGAAAAUAAAAACGAGAAUAAAGCAAUACCACGUCACUUAUCAAAUGUGAUAAACUUAUUAUCAAAAGAUGUAUAUGGAUUUUUAAAAGUUAAUACGGUACUUGAUAACAACAUUUAUGGAAUUACCCUUUUACCGAACAAUUUGAUCGCAGAAUAUCAACAAAUUAUGACAAAAUUACCUGAAAAAUGUAACUCUAUGAAAUUAAAUUACGAAUAUAAGCCAAAUAUUGGAGAUUUAGCAUGUGGCCUAGGAGGAGAGGUCAAUGAUUGGCAUAGAGGUUAUGUGAUAACUCUAAAUCCAAAAAUACAGUUUGCUGUAAUAGAUAAAGCGGAAAUAAUACCAGUUCAGAAAAUUGUACCUUAUCCUGAUGAAUUUCCUAAUAAAUGCACAUUUGGUGUGAUCUGCAAAAUAAGUACAAACGAUAUCGAAUUAGUAAUAAGUAAUUAUUACGAAUAUAAAGUAAUAAAUAAUGAGAAUGAAAUCAGUAUUGAAAUUAAAUUAAACAAUAGAAAUAAAGUAGAAGGUAUUUUAAAACCAUGGGAGCCAAGACUUAAACCAAGUAAUAUUCAAUGCUUUAAAUUGAAAAGCAAGUCCAAGGUUUGCAUCAGUUCUUAUUUAAAUCAAUCUAUCAUGUUUGUUCGCUCUCUGGAUACAGAAGACUCAGAAGAAUUUAAUAAACUCAUGCAAAAAAUUGCAAAAUAUGCUCUAUUUGCUGCAUAUCUCAAAGAACCUCCAGUUGUGGGAGAAAUAAUAAUAUCACAGUACAUUGACAAUAAUUUUUAUCGUGCAAUUGUUACAAAAAUACAGGGGGAAGAAGCAAUCGUUACUUAUAUAGAUUUUGGAAAUUCUGAAAAAACGUCAUGGAGAAAAUUACAAGUAUUACCUGACGACUUAAAAUCGCAUCAAUCAUGUGUCACAAAAAUUCUUUUAAAAGAUAUACCAACCAAUGUUAUUAUGACCGAAGAAGUGUCAAAUUAUCUUAAUGAUUUAGUAGGUAAAGAAGUACCUUUAAAAUGUGAAUUUAAUGGUAUACCUUGUAAAGAUGGUGUACAUUUAAUUAUGUCAAAUGGAGAAAGUAUUAAUGACAAAAUUAAACAAUUGCUUAUACCAAAUUGGAAAAUAGAAGAAGAUAAAACGGUUUACACGAUUAAUAAUAUAGACGUGUUUCCUUUGGGAAAUAUUGGUGAUACCGUCAAAGUUGUGAUUUUAAGUGUAAUCGAAAAGGAUUUUGAAUAUUUCAUGUGUCUUCUAGAUUUAGAACUGAUUACACAUGUUCAUAACAUUUUGCCAAAAUUGAUGAAAGAAUACUGCGAACAUACAGAGUAUUAUAUUCCCCGAGAAAAUGAAUUAUGUAUAGGCUUAUACAAAAAUAAUUGGUAUCGUGCAAUAUGUUUAACUAUAAGCGAAUCAAAAGAUACAGUUUUUUUAUUUUAUAUUGAUUAUGGAAACUAUGAAGAAGUUUUUCACCAAAAUAUUAGACCAAUGACAAGUGACUUUUUAAAGCCUUCUUGUCUUGCAAAUAUGUGUACUCUUGUUAAUUUACUUCCAGAAGGAAAAAAUGGAUCUUAUUCUCCUAAAGCAUUAAAAAGAAUCUCAGAAUUGGUUAAAGCUGAUGAAAUUUACCAAGCUAAAAUCAUUGAUUUGGAUAAAGAUGGAAAUUAUAAGAUUGAACUUCCAGAUGUUCGUCGUAAAUUAAUUGAAGAAAACUUAAUACCAUCUUCUUAAAAAUAUAUCAUUACGUUUAUGUUAUUAUUAAGUACAAUAGAGAAAAUUCAGUGCCUUAAUAUUUAAUUCAAUGCAUCAAAAUCCUUAUUUUUUUUUUUUUGUCAAGAAAUUCAGCAGUUAUCUGAAAGAUGGAUCAAAG